UAUCCGUACCAGGAAUACGUGCGGUAUUUGACGAUGUCUUUAGGCUUCACCCUCAUGCAUUCGCUCAUCUUCUCUCCUCUUCACCUCACCAUUCACCCCCAGUUCAAGAUAUCGAUUCCAUUCAUACCCCCAUCCCAGAUGUGCGGGACGAUGUAUCCGAGUCUCAUUCUGCGAUGGAGCUUUCUACUCCGUCUCCAGCACCGUCUGUAUACAAUGUUUCUGAACCAGAUGUUAUCGGAGCUUGGUUUACUUCUCGGUCGCCUUCUCGAGCCAGCAGCAGACCUCCCACUCCGUGCAUAUCAAGACUGCCUUCACCUUCUGCGGAAGCCAGUGCAUCUGAUCGCGUCAGAGUGAGUCAGGAGGCCUCUGCUUAUGAGCCUGAGUCGCAGAAAGGUAACAUUUCGAAUCUACCCCCCGUUUCGAACCCACCUCUCGAUGAUCGCCAAAUGACGUCUCCUGUUAUCAACGGUACCUCCGCUGCAGAUAAGGAAGCCAUAGAUAUACAUUGGACUCGCAUGUCUCUUCGAGAUCUGCAGGAUGAUCUCUCUGACAUAAGGCAUACUCUUGUCGAUAUGGACUCGGGCUUCCUGGACGAGCGGAUGAACGAUGCAACGAUGC